CUUCUGACGUUCUCGCCUUCGGCCUCCGCUCCGCUCCCUUCCGCUCCGCUCGGACGACACACAUUCAAAUCCGUUCGAAUUUGCACGGCCGACAUCGCCGGCUGAAUCGCGAGUCGGGGCGCUCGAGGAUGCGCCCGCUGCCGGCGACAGACCAUUUCUCUCGCUGAGGCUGGACUCGCCUUCUCCUGCUUCUCUUCGCUGUCGGCGCUUCGGUGCUCACGAGCUUUUCUUUUCUGCUGUUCCGGGCCUCAUAAGACGACCGUGAGUCCGUGCCGUCUGCAGCUGGUUGGGUGAAUUUGCUGCCGGGUGACGUCGCCAGAAAUUGCGGUUCGGUCGAAUUUCGGAGCGAGCGACGACCCGCUGCUGCUUGUUGUUGUUGGUCCUGCUCGGCGUGAACUUAGAAUUGCGGGUGGGAACGCUCGGAUAAGAGGUCCUGACUGCGGUGGAUCUUGUCAUUCCGAUGGAGUUCGUGUCUGGAACCCUUCUGGUUGGUUCUGCUGUCAUGCUGGUCGGGUAUCUCUGGCGUAGAACUCCAUUCCUACCGUCGUUGGAAGGCAAGCAUGUCUUCAUCACUGGUGGUUCUACUGGAAUCGGCUAUGCUAUUGCAAAACGCGCUCUGUUACAGGGGGCUUACGUGACUGUGACAGGGAGAAGUUUAAGCAAUCUCCAAAAGGCUCAGGAUUCCCUCUUGGAAGAAAUUGGUGACGGUGCAACAAGAGUGCGUAUCAAGGCAGUUGAUGCGGGAGAUUACAAGUUAAUGUCCCAAGCAAUCAGCGAAUCAUUUGCAUGGAAACCAAUCGACGUUUUAGUAUGUAACGCUGGGUUAACUCGGAGCGGUUACCUGGAUCAAAUGCCCAUCGAGGACCUGGAACUUACAGUUCGAACCAAUAUUAUGGGGACUGUGUACCCUGUGCACACAGCUCUUCCUCUGAUGAAGCAGCGGAGCCCCGACCACCCCAUGUCGAUCGUCUUCAUUGGUUCUCUGGCUUCUCUGUUUCUGAUGUACGGUAAUAGUGUCUAUACUGGGACCAAGUACGCAUUAAAAGGCAUGGCAGAGAGUUUAAGGUUGGAGUUGCUCCCCUACAGUAUCCGCAUCUCCAUGAUUUGCCCAGGGUUUGUGCAAACAGCAUUCUUAGACGAGGCUGAGAGGAGAGACGAGCUCCAGAUCUUGAUGAAGGAUAUCAACAUGUAUGAUCGGAAGCAAGCCCAGAGUCCAGACGAAGUAGCGAGACGGACACUUGAAGCAGUUAAGUAUGGAUCUCCUACAGUGACGACUACUCCUAUUCUUGGAUCGGCCUUGUUGAUGAUGGCCAGGGGCUUCAUUCCCGACGAAUCGAUGUUUAAGACAGCUCAGGAGCUUCUUACUUACCCACUCGUGAGGAUAUUCACAAUUUUCGCCAAAUUCGAUAUGCACAGGAAGAUUUUGGCAUACCACCGUAGAAAUCCGUCCCCAGGACAGGUCAGGUGACUUGGUUACAAGUAACGUACAAUUCAUUAAUUGCAAAAUAACGGAGCCCGCAACAUCUUGUCAUAGAAACCGAGGCAAGCAACCAUUAUCUCUCAGUCGCUUCCACCUCCACAUUCGUUUGCUCUUUCCCAGAUGAAACAAUUUAGAGAAAAGUAUUGUAUAUCUAAUUUAAUUUGUUUCCGAGCCAAGUCUGUUGUCACUUUUCUAUCCGUUUUUCUCCCUUUCUCCGGUUAUAGUGGGACACUAUCCAUCUCAGUACUGAUCCUGCCCAAGGGCGCUGUACUGCAGGUUUAGGGGCCACCGUACUCAUAAACACAUUAUACCCCACAGUGCCACUAACUGACGUAGCAUCAUGACGUAGACAAGAUUGGACACUGCUAGAAUAAAUGUUAGAAGGCAAGGGAUGGACCUUCAGUCCGAAGGCCAAUAGACAUUAUAUAUUUCAUGAUCCGAGCAUCGAGAUACAAUGUCAGGUCCUCAAUGGGAAGUUUCUCCAGGUUCUCAAUUUCCGGGUCCAACUUUCAGCAUUUUGGAGAGGAAUUGCCUGGCUGUCACUAUGUUGAAAGGGCGACCAGCAGCAACAAUCCUACCUGUUUCUUGCAUCGUUAAAUGUAACGAGUUUCCCAUAUGUUCGUAGUUCUCGUCGC